CUGGAAUGGACAGAGACCGGGAAUGGACGGAUACCGGGAAACCGCAAAGAGGCCGGUGACCGGGAAAAUCGCCAGCCAAACGCGGAGGUCGGAGUCGGAGGCCGUGGAUUGAGACGGGCGGCGAGCUUCAACUCGGAGACUGGGCGGUCGGAGUCGGAGGCGACGAAGAAGACGAAGGGUCAGAGAGGACGAGGUUCGGAGGGCUGUGUGCGUCGAUUGUGUAGAUUAGGCGUCCAAAACAGAGGAGAAGAAAAGGCUAAAAUGACGGAGAAAUUGAAAGACAAGGAGAAAGAGGGUGAGCGAUGGACGGCCGGAAUUUCUAAUCUCACCGAGAUCUCGCAAAAUAUCGACUCUCUGCAGAGGCUGCUGAUUAAGAAAGCCGUUUACGUCGACGGUGAAACCUUCGCCAAAGCUUCCCUUAGCUCCCAGCAAGCCCGCACGAUCAAGGUACUUGAGCAGAGGGUGGAGACCUUAGAAAGGGAACUCGAUGCUGCCAUAUCGGCUGCUGCUCGUGCUCGUACUGAAAAACGUCAGGCUGAGGCAUCACAGAAGGCUGCUGAACUACGUGCCCUAGAAAUUACAAGAGAAUUGGAAAACACGACAAAAGUAUUUGGACUUCACAUGGAGGAGUUGCGCGCAAAGCAAGAGGAGAUUUCUAAACGGGAUAAAGAGAUAAAACUUCUUGAGGCUAUAAUACAGACACUUGGCGGCAGAGAGUCACUUUCGACAUAAGGCUAACUCCGACCAUGUUUACCUGCUUUUGUACAAUGCUAAACACGUAGAAAUUCGCGCAUAUACUAUGAUUAAUGAAUAUAUGCAUUCUGUGUAUCAAAAAUUUUCAAUUUCUUGGUUGUUGUUUCUUCCUUCCGUUUAUUGGCUGGCGUUUUUUAUUUGAGACAGAGUGAAAAUGAGUAUGUUUUCUGCCUAGUUUUAAAGCAUCAAAUCAGAUUGCAAAAUGUAUGGCAAAUAGAAAAUACUGACCCUAGUUUCCCCACAUUAAGCAAUUUUAAUGUGACUGGUGAAAAAAUUACUAUUGCAAGUCCUUGGACAUGUAAUGUGGUGUGUAAACGACGUUGACUGGCUCGUGCGACCUUGAAUCCGCACUCGACCGUGUUUGAUAAACCUGCAAUAGCGCUGGCACUGGGAGUAGUCACAGCGUAUUAGGUAAAUGGUGAACAAUU